UAUCCUUAAUUCCAUUAAACUUGUAGCAAAAUGUCGAAAAUGAAGGAGCGAGAAAAUAACAAGGAGACAAAAUUGUUGGAUUUACCAGAAGGAUGUUUAUCUCAAAUCCUGUCACUCACAACUCCUUCUUGUGUUCUUCGUUGUUCCGUCGUAUGUAAGAAUUUAUACUACAUUGCCAACUCCGGUUUAGUGUGGAAGAAAUUAGUACCGUCCGAUUUCCACCCCCUCGUUGAACGCUCGUCGACUACUUCUCCUUCCGUAAAAUACCUCGUCCUCCUCCUUUGCCGUUCUUUCAUUCUCUUAGAAGAUGGAAACAUGAGCUUUUCAUUGGAUGAAUGGACAGGGAAGAAAAGUUAUAUGAUUGGUGCUAGAAGACUAAUAUUUGCAUCGGGUGAUGUGUUUGGUUGUUGGAGGGGAAAGCCGCCCAAACCCAAGUCCAGAUUCCUAGAGGUGGCAGAACUUAUAGGAGUAAACGAGCUCCACAUAACAGGAAGAAUAAGAGCACAAUUGCUAUCUCCAAACACAACUUACCGUAUGUAUUUCUCUUUCAUGCUCGAAGCUACCUCGUAUGGUUUCGAUGUGUACCCUAUUAGGGUGUUCUUGUCGAGAAUCGACACGAAUGGUGCAUAUGUGAGAGGCAACUAUACUUCAAAGACAUUCUAUCUCAAAGCUCGACCAAUACAUGGUGAAAUGUAUGAUGAUGCAGAGGUUGAAGACACUAUCGAUUGUGAUAUUAUUGGUAAUAAAUGGAUAAAGAUAGAUAUGGGCAAAUACUUCAACGGGGUUGAUGAUAAUGUUGAUGUUUUGGAGAUGACAUUGAUGGGUACAGAGAUUGGUUUGCAUAAAUCUGGCCUAGUUGUCCAUGGUAUAGAGAUCGUACCUGUCGAUUGAGAUUAAUUUUUCGGGGAUUGAAUUGUGAUGAUCCUUCAAACAUUUUUCCGUAAGAGGCUCUCUUAAACCUGUCAAAAAUCGAACAAACCCAAAAUACGUACCGGGCCGGACUUGAACAAACUUUUGUGACUUGGAAUAAUUUUAUCUGAACUCGAACAAACUGAAAAUAAUGGGUCACAACCCGACCGAACCCGUUUUUUUCCCACCGAUUGAAAAUAAGUGUAUUUAUAGUAAUAAUUGAGAUUGUAAAUGAUUAUAAGCCUAAUAACACGUUAUUGUUACUAUAGUUAGUUAUAAUUAAAUUUAUAAAAUAAUUUUGGUUUGACUUACGUGUCAUUUUAUAGUUAAAUUUAAUUGACUACAUAUAAACUUGUACGGAUAUACUCCAGUAGUAAUCCCCAUUGACUUAGGUUAUUAGUGUUUAUAUAUGUAAAAACUCCGUAUACAAUAUAAUCCCUAUUUAUAUACACGAAGUAUAAGGUCAUAAACUAAUUCUUUCCACUCCCUUCCCCCAACUCCAUCGAUCCCUUCUCCGGCCCUAGUCGACAUGAGGAGCAGAAGAAGAAGGAACCGGAAAAGGAAGAACAACAAUUGUAAAGUCUUACCACCGGAGCUGGAUUUACCACCAGAGUUAUGGACGGACGUAUUGGCGAGGCUGCCGGCGAAAACUCUGGUAAGAUUCAGGUGUGUUUGUAGAGCUUGGUGCUCUAAGAUCGAUAAACCUGAAUUCUUAUCGAUGCAUCUUAGUCUUUACAAGAAUAAUGUUGACAAGAAUCGUUUACUAGUUAUGGAGAAUUCGAAGGGAUACAGUACACUUGAAGUUCGUCAAAGAGAUAAGUAUGAUGAACCAAGGUCUUACAAUAUUAUAACUCAUGAAAUACGACGUUUGAGAAAAUCUAUACCCGGCCUGAGGAGUCAUUUUGUGGAUACUUAUGUUGAGAGUUUGGCUUUGUGCAGUGGACGUGAAGAUCAAACUUUUUUAUACUAAUUCAGAGAUUGUUCGUUGCCUAGUACAAAAAUAUUCCAAACAGGAAGAAUAAAAAAGAGACCGAAAGAGCAAUAAAUAAUAAGUUAUACAAAGUAUAUAAAAAGAGACUGAGAGAGUAGUAAAUAAUAGGUUUUUCUAAAGUGUGCCCAUUGGCACACAUUAAGAAAACAGAUUCUAUACUAUAUAUUUUUUUUUGUGGCAUUUUAUCUCUUAAUUAUGUAGGUGUGUUAAAUAGGGAGGUAAAAUAUAUAUUCCCUUACAUGUCUCUCGUAAUCUUUUUUUUUUUUUUUUUUUUUUGGUGUUAGCACCUGGUUCACUCUUAAGGCUAAUCCGGAUUCGGCACGAAUUAUGGGUGGAUAGGUUCCACUCCUCCCUACCAAGUUCAGCCCCAAUCAUCAGUGAACCAAUAGACAAUUGGAUUCCCGCAAUCUAUUUUCUUACUCCUUUUUCUUUAUUGCAAACAAUAUUUUAGACUCGCC